UAUGUUUUGUUGUGUUUCAGUCCACUCGAGGUUAUUUUUCUGAUCUUCAAUGGGAGCUUCCAGAAAUUGGCUUCUGUGUCCUUUUGAUGUGGACACACUGGUCUUUGAUAACUUCCAUGCCUCUGGCAUAAGACGCCCCAGGCUUAUCUUCUACAUUUCCUGCCCCCAACCUGGACCAGUUGUUUCUCCAGCCUACCUUCCACAUAGAAUAUCAUCUAAUGUUCCACUUUCAACAUGGCAGAUCUUAGAAUGUUGUUGUUUCCAUGACACACUAAUUCUGCAAUUAGAGGCUCUAAAGAACUCUGAUUCCUAGUUCUUACCUUCUUUUUCCUUUUCUCUUCCAAGAUCAUGACUGAGAGAUUGUUAAUAAGUGCAUUAAAGGGUGGCAAAAACACUAAGAUCAUUACGUUGAAUGGGAAGAAGAUGACAAAGAUGCCCUCAACAUUAGAAAAACUGCCUGGCUUGAAUACUCUGAACCUUCAGAACAACCGAAUCCCAAAAGUAUGCCCAGAGAUCAGCACCUUAACCCAGUUGACAGCACUAAAUUUGGGGAACAACCUUUUAGAAGAAGUUCCAGAAGAGAUGAAAUACCUUACAUCCCUAAAGAAACUCCAUUUAUUUGGAAACAGGAUUUGUAGAUUUGCAUCUGGAGCAUGUGAUGGCUUACAAAAUUUGAUCCUGCUUAACCUGAACAACAACCAGCUGACAUGGCUUCCUGAAGAAAUCAGCAGACUAAAGAGCCUUAAGUAUAUGAGUAUAAAUCAUAACCAGCUAUCCAGCAUUCCUACAGAACUUUGUUUCCUUGAAAAUCUUUCUGAACUUCAACUUAACUACAAUAAGCUCAUUUGUAUACCUGAAGAGAUUAAGUUCUUGAAGAAGCUCCAGAAACUUUUUCUGGUGAGGAACAACAUUGAAGCUUUGCCACAGGGACUUUGUGAUCUUGAAAAACUAAGAAUCCUAGAUGUAGCUGGAAAUAUUAUUCAGGUAUUUCCAUCAAAAUUUCAGAAUCUAAAGCUGAGUGAAUUCUACUGUGAGGAAAAUCCACUGCUCCUAAAGAAACCGAUUGUCACUGUACAACAGGAAGAUGUCUGGAGCCUACAGGAAAUAGCAUCAAGAUUUGUAAUGAAUCAACUGUCAGAAGAUAAUUCUUUGCUAGCACAAGCUGUAGAAUUGUACCCACAGAUCAGGAACAUAAUCUCUCGGGGGAAAAAAUGUGCAAUAUGUGGAAAGUCCUUUUUAACUGUUUGGCUGGAAUGUGUUCAAUUUUCUCCUCCAUCGAAGAACUGGAAGAUAAGCAGGAAUCUACAGCUGAUACCUCUCCAAGUAUUAGUUUGUUCUUACAAAUGUUUUACUCAACGUGGUGCUAACCUCUUUGGAAUUGUUCAGGCAUAG